CCCAAUGCAGGUGGCGUACAUCCUGGUUAUUUGACAACAUACACCGUCGUUUCUUAUAGAAAACAAACAUGUAAUAUACAUUCACAUAGCGAGGAUUGUGACCGUUACGGAGAGUACUAGUGUGCACGCGGUGUAACGUUAGACUAUCUACUAUAAAAGGUCACCAGAAGAAGAAAAGAAACGGCUCAUCUGCUGAUGGACGUGUUAUUGUUGCGUUCUUGUUGUGCCGUCGUGUUGCUAUUUCGCUUGGUCGGUAUGGACAUGUAGCUAAUGUGGAGCUAUCUCUAAAACAUCCAACAUCGACUUUUUACACGUUUAAUAGAGUAUCUCGUGCUCCGACAGGGAACUGAGGUCGCACAACCUGCAGGCCUUAGUGUGUGUCUGUGUUGUUUUACUUUGAAACAUCAGCAGGUUUGUUUUUUUUGGAUUAGUUUGCUAACAAGAGUUUACACAAGAUGAGUUUCUUCAGUUUUGGACAAAGUGCAGAAGUUGAUGUAGUCCUGAAUGACGCGGAAACGAGGAAGAAGGCUGAGCACAAGACUGAAGAUGGAAAGAAAGACAAAUACUUUCUUUUCUAUGACGGUGAGACAGUGAGUGGAAAGGUGAACGUGACGCUGAAGAACCCCGGCAAGAGGCUGGAGCACCAGGGCAUCAAAGUAGAGUUUGUUGGACAAAUAGAGCUGUAUUACGACAGAGGAAACCAUCAUGAGUUCGUUUCUCUGGUGAAAGAUCUCGCAAGACCGGGAGAAAUAACUCAGUCCCAGACCUUCGACUUUGAGUUCACUCAUGUUGAAAAACCCUACGAGUCGUACACGGGCCAGAACGUCAAGCUACGAUAUUUUCUGCGGGCCACGGUGAUCAGACGACUAAAUGACAUCAGUAAAGAGACGGACAUCGUGGUGCACACGUUGAGCACUUACCCUGAACUCAACUCCUCCAUCAAGAUGGAAGUAGGAAUAGAAGAUUGUCUCCACAUCGAGUUUGAGUACAACAAGUCCAAGUACCAUCUGAAAGAUGUUAUUGUGGGAAAAAUCUACUUCCUGCUGGUGAGGAUUAAAAUCAAACACAUGGAGAUCGACAUCAUCAAACGUGAGACGACGGGCACCGGCCCCAGUGUGUACCAUGAAAACGACACCAUCGCCAAGUACGAGAUCAUGGACGGAGCUCCGGUCAGAGGAGAGUCCAUUCCCAUCCGGUUAUUUCUGGCUGGCUAUGAUCUGACUCCCACCAUGCGAGACAUCAACAAGAAGUUCUCCGUGCGCUACUACCUGAACCUGGUUCUGAUCGACGAGGAGGAGAGACGCUACUUCAAGCAGCAGGAAAUCACGCUGUGGAGGAAAGGGGACGUGGUGAGGAAGAGCAUGUCUCAUCAGGCGGCCAUCGCCUCGCAGAGGUUCGAGGGCUCGGCCGCCUCGGAGAGCGCUCUGGAACAGGCCGCCAAGGAGGAGAGCGGGUAGAGGUCUGCCGCCCGCCCGUCUCCUCUCACGAGAGUAAUCGGCGUCCGCGUCGGGAGCCGCCCGUCAACUGUACAUCAUGUGGUGACGCAGCUGUUUUUUUUUUGUUUUUUUUAUUUGUAGCCGCUGCUGGUGAAGGGAGGAAGAAGGGAGCCCGACAUACAGUCACACAUACAUACAGUAUGUGGACAAUGCACACCGUUUGCAUGAGGCAUUCGAAGUGGCUUCGGGCCGCUGGUCUUGUACUUCCUCGUUAACGCAUUUGUCUUUUCUUUAUGGGAAUCAAACUAAUCAUUCACUAUGUCCACUGUGUUAAAACCUUCCAUGUGUGAUAUUCUGGAAUUUUUAAGCCUUCUGUUGGUUACUUUAAUUAACGUUUUUUUUUUAGGAUCAAUUAAUUUCUGAUCUCGUAAUUAAUGCGACUCGACUGUCAUGAAUUUUCAGAAAUGUAUCUCCAACAUUCCACCUUUAACGAAUGCGUUCCUAACAUUGUUGUAAGGUCAAGAAAUCUGAGAUCACUUUGCACUGCUUUAUCUUGCUAAACACAUUUUCUCUUUGUUUGUUUCUGUGUGUGUACAAAAAAAAAAAAGAAUUAUCGAAGCGGAAACUUCCCAUUUUGAGGGCUUAAGUAUUAUCGCACGUGUUUUUGUGGUUUUGAUCUGUAAAUAAGACCAGCUAAAACCUUUUAUCCUGUUCCAGCUUGUGUACGUUGAUGAUACAGUAUGCGGUGCCACAAGACCACCUU